UAUCGCGAUGCCCAUCCCUUCCAGGGUCAGGGGCCUGCAUCCCCGACACCACCACUCCGGCUCCUGCGGCAGCCCGCUCAGUCAGCUCUUGCCUGGCCCCGUGGAGCCCCCGUCCAUCAAGGGCCUGUACUACCGCCGGGCCCGGAAGGUGGGCGCGCUGGACGCCUCCCCCACGGCGGACCUCAAGAAGGAGAUCCUGGUGAACGUGGGGGGCAGGCGGUACGUGCUCCCCUGGAGCACGCUGGACGAGUUCCCCCUGAGCCGCCUGAGCAAGCUCAAGUUCUGCCGCAGCCAGGAGGAGAUCGCGCAGCUCUGCGACGACUACGACGAGGACAACCAGGAGUUCUUCUUCGACCGGAGCCCCAGCGCCUUCGGCAUGAUCGUGAGCUUCCUGGCGGCCGGCAAGCUGGCGCUGCUGCGGGAGAUGUGCGUGCUGUCCUUCCAGGAGGAGCUGGCCUACUGGGGCAUCGAGGAGGCCAACCUGGAGAAGUGCUGCCGGCGGAAGCUGCUCAAGAAGCUGGAGGAGCUGGCGGAGCUGCGCCGGGAGGAGGAGUCCCUGCAGCGCCAGCGGGAGGCGGGCGGCCCCGCCGCGGACCCCUCGCGCUGCGGGCUCUGCAUGGACUGGCUGCGGGAGACGGUGGAGAACCCGCAGUCCGGGCUGCCCGGGAAGGUCUUCGCGUGCCUGUCCAUCCUCUUCGUGGCCACCACGGCGGUCAGCCUGUGCGUCAGCACCAUGCCCGACAUGCGGGCCGAGGAGGACAAGGGCGAGUGCUCUCAGAAGUGCUACUACAUCUUCAUCGUGGAGACCAUCUGCGUGGCCUGGUUUUCCCUGGAGUUCUGCCUGCGGUUCGUCCAGGCCCGCAACAAGUGCCAGUUCUUCCAGGGGCCCCUGAACAUCAUCGACAUCCUGGCCCUCUCCCCCUACUACGUGUCCCUGGUGGUGUCCGAGGAGCCCCGGGAGGACGACGAGCGGCCCGGCGGCGGCAGCUUCUACCUGGAGAAGGUGGGGCUGCUGCUGCGCGUGCUGCGGGCGCUGCGCAUCCUCUACGUGAUGCGCCUGGCUCGCCACUCGCUGGGGCUGCAGACGCUGGGCCUGACCGUGCGCCGCUGCACGCGCGAGUUCGGCCUCCUCCUCCUGUUCCUCUGCGUGGCCAUCACCCUCUUCUCCCCGCUGGUCUACGUGGCCGAGAACGAGUCCGGGCGGGUCCUGGAGUUCACCAGCAUCCCGGCCUCCUACUGGUGGGCCAUCAUCUCCAUGACGACGGUGGGCUACGGGGACAUGGUCCCGCGCAGCGUGCCGGGCCAGAUGGUGGCCCUCAGCAGCAUCCUGAGCGGCAUCCUCAUCAUGGCCUUUCCAGCCACGUCCAUCUUCCACACCUUCUCGCACUCCUACGUGGAGCUCAAGAAGGAGCAGGAGCAGCUCCAGGCCCGCCUCCGCCACCUGCAGAAUGCAGCCACGGCCAGUGAGCGCGAGCUCCUGAGCGACGUGGAUGACCUGAUCCUGGAGGGACCCGCCUCCCCCAUCAAAUACAUUUAGCUGCAAACCCCCGUGAACACUCCAGGACUUCCAUCCAGGACUUCACUCAUGGACUGGAGAACAGCUGCCGUAGAUAUACGGUGGUACAUUUCCGGAGCCCUGGGGGAGCUCCCAAAGCUACAAGGGGCUCAAGGCCAAAAUUGGGGUGGUUUGUGAUUCCUGAGCCUCCUGGCCCCACGAUCCAGGCUGACCUUAUCCAGGUCAUUGUCGUUUCUCCCCUCCCUGUCCCUCCCUCAGCACAUCUGGUUUUGCUAGGUGAAGUCAGUCUCCAUUCUCAUUUCCUUCCCAACAGUCUCCAGCAUCCCACUCUGGGUUCCAGAUUCCUGUGAACUGAGCCUACAGAGUUCCAUCCAUCCAUCCCCAAAGACUCUCUUUUCUGGGCCACCCGAGCACCAGGAACUGACGUGGAGGGUCCAGUCACUACAAGCCAGUUCCUCUGCUCACAGCUACCAAUGGAUUCCUAGUGUAGCCACCUUCCCCCAGCUCUGAAAGCUCUUAUCCAAGAGGACAGACUGGCUUCUUUGCAUUAAAUGGCACCAUGGCCGCAAGACUCCCAUCCUCCCUGAGUUGCCUGGCACCUGGACAAGAGUGCCACUUGCCAGCACAGCAGGACCUCCUUGGCCAACUGGACUCCUGGUGGGAUAUUCUCCAACAAUCCAGUCCUUGGCCUUGAAAGCGAACUCUUGUAGGGCUCUGUCCCUUGAGAGGUCUGUUCCUGCUGCUGGUUCCUCUGUGGGGACCCAGGCUUUCCACCCUCCGCUAAGCCACCAUGGACACAGCGUGGAAACAAGAGCAGCCUUAGGAUCUGCCCCUCGUCGGCCCCCUGGCCCAAGCCCUUGAUGCCAGAGAACAGGCAUUCUCUGCAUAUACUUAAAUGUAUCUAUUGUCUUAUCCGUUCAUUCACUAACAAAUUUGGCCCUUUACAUCUAGUUAGGAGGCAGAUGUAGGACCAAGUCAUUCGAGAUAAAAGCAGUGCACGCUGAGUGAGACAGAGAGGAAAGAGCAAUGAAUUCUGAGCAUCGGGCUCACAGAGGUCCUUCACAGAGACACAGGAAGGGUUGAGUAUGGAGGGAUGUUUGGGAGGAAAUGCGGGAAAGGUGGGGUGGGUGAGAAGGUGGUGGGCUGUGGGUGCUGUGCAGAGGGUUUGGAAGUUUCAGUAAUGGAAAGAUGUUGGACAUGCUGGAGGAAGAAGUGAUGUGAGUGGACUAACCGCAGCAGUGGAUGAAGAUGAUCGGAUGGGAUGUGGAAAAACCAGUUUGGAACAGAGAACAAUUGAGUCAUUCGGGUGAGAUCAGAGGGCCCACCUCCUGUGAGUUCUUCCUGGUACCCGGGGAAGAAAAUCCUGGCAUCUUGUCUACUGUUUCCCCGCAAAGCACACCUGGGAGAGAUCUCAAUGGCACCUCCCGUGAGUGACUCGGCCACUUCUUGCUGCAGCUCUGCCUGUCACUGGGUCUGGCUUCCACCCAGGCAUCUCCAUUUUCCUCUGAGCCACGUACCAGGCUUUUUCUUUUUCUUUUUUUUUCUUUUUUUUCUCUCAUACCAGGUAUCUUAACAAAAAUGUGCAAGGACUGAAAGAAAAAUAGGUGAGCUCAUCAUCAACAUUACGACGUUCUAUAGUUUCUUAGUGCACACUCAGUGGACAUUAUCUACUAAAUUAGAAGUGGAAAAUUGGAAUCAAUUGCUAGUAUGUGGGGCUUAAUUAAAUGGUCUAUUUUUUUCUCCCAGCAAUGUUCUGGGGGGCUAGUCUAGUUUCAGGGAGCAGACUUUCCUUCAUGCUGAUUGGAUGUUGUAGGGAUAACAAGUGAGUUGCUAGAUGGUCUCUUUACCCCUAUUGGCUGGAAGGAGUCUCCAAUUGUCAGAGGGCUUGUUUUAUCUGAGGCCAAUGGGUGUGACUGUAACCAAAGGGAGAAAUUUGCCAAAGAGCCUUUACUUCAAGCCAUUUUCAUGUUGCACUGAUACAUCUCUAAGAGAUAACUUUAAAAUGUUUAUUCAACAUCUCUCUAGCCAGAGUUGAGCUCAAAGAGUGACUUGGGAAUGGAUGGGUUAGUUCUUCAAUGCAAUGCAGGCAGAGCUCUACCCACUGACUCUAUUUUGAUAGCUUUUAGGACUUGAGAAAUUGGUAACUGGAAGGCCUGUCAGAAGACAGUCUGCGCAGAGAGUUUCCUGAGAGGAUCCGUGAACCUCUGGAGAUUAUGCAUUUCAAGUGAACAGCUUUGAAAUAGGGUCCAUUGAUUUAGUCAUGUCCUCAAAGGAAUCCAUGAACCUACACAAAGAAUAAAAAAGUUCUUACGUAGAUCAACUCUUGCAUUUUAUGAUGGGGGGACCAAGGCUCAGAGAGAAAAAGCCACCUGCCCAAGGCCACACAACCAGUUCAUUUAGUUAGUCCAAGUCUCUGGUUCCCAGCAGGACACUCUGUAGUAUAUCAUGCUGCAGCUCUGAGGCUCGUAUGACACAAUACCCAAACCCUCAAAGAAAACAGCCAAGACAAGAUUAUAACAACACUCUGCCAUGUUUUCCUGAGUUUAGUAAAUAGGGCUGUCUUGAGAUAUCUUGGGUACCAACUCUCCCCCUUUCUUCAUUGUAUCACGGUCGACCUGGAAAUUAAUUUCACUUCCUCUUCUUACUGAUCCCAUGAAAAGGGUGGAUGAGAUGGUGGUUAAAGUCCCUCAGUAUGGACAGCCCAUGAUUCUAGGAAGUAUAGUUCAUUGCAGCAUUUUAUACCAUGGAGGGGCAGGGAAGAAACAAGGAAAAAGGUGAGGAAAAACAGACCGUGGCCCCUGACUAUCCAUAGACUUGCUCCCUUAGCGAAAAUCAGUGAGUAGUUCAACUUCAAAUAGUUCACUGGCAUCUCUGUAACACAGCUGUCUGCCACGUUGCUACCCGCACCCCCCCCCCUGAACACCUCACCCCACCCCGACCACAUGCCCCUCAGCACCUGGCUACCUGGCUGUUCUUGCCCCAGCUGCCUGCCCCUCUCACCAGCAUUAAACUCCCUGCCUCAUACUCACAGUGAAAUGCUAAUAAUGGGCACCACUUACUGAAUGAUAUUUAGGCACCAGGCAAGUGAUUU